AUGAGUGAUGAUAACUUUUCACAAAAUUUACUUGAAGAUAGCAAGUCAUAUGAUACAAAGAAUCGAUGGGUUCCUCAAGUUUUAGAUAAUUCUUCGCCUAAGUUAACUGAAGAUUUCAUCCCUCUUGACGCAGUACAACGUGAAGUUAAGGUGUUAUUGAAUAAAUUGACGUUGAAAAAUUUUGAUUCCAUAUCGAGCCAAAUUAUUGAUUAUGCUAAUAAGUCAAAAGAUGAAAGAGAUGGACGUAUAUUAAGAGAAGUGGCUCGUCUAAUAUUUGUGAGUUCUUUUGAUGACACAAGAUACUGUGCAAUAUACGCUCAGCUUUGUCGUAUUGUGAUGGAAAGAGUUGACCCCGAAAUAAUUGAUGAAAAUGUUAAAAAUACUGAGGGUAAAUUUAUUCAAGGCGGUACAUUAUUUAGAAAAUAUCUUCUUAAUCGUUGUCAAGAAGAAUUCGAGAAAGGUUGGAAGGUUAACGUUCCAGUGCCUUCCAAUGAAAAGAGGGAACUGUCAGAUGAAUAUUAUGUAGCUGCAAGGGCUAAAAGACAAGGCCUUGGUCUAAUAUGUUUCAUUGGCGAAAUAUUUAAAUCGAAUAUGCUUACAGAACGUAUUAUGCAUGAAUGUAUAAAGAAAUUAUUAAUAUUUAAAGGCUCACCUGAAGAAGAAGAAAUGGAAAGUUUAUGUAAAUUAAUGAAUACAGUAGGAGAACAACUUGAUCAUGUCAAACCAAAUCCACAUGAACAAAUGAAAUCGACUCAACUUGAUCGUGCAAAAGCAAAAAAAUAUAUGGAAUCUUAUUUUGAUCGUAUGGAGGAGAUAUCGAAGCUUCCAAAUUUGUCAAACCGCAUAAAAUUUAUGUUAAUGGAUGUUAUCGAUUUACGAAAUAACGCUUGGAAACCUAGACGAGAAAUUCACAAUGAUGUAAUAAAAUAUUAUAGUGAUUAUAUAAAAUAUCAUAUUCAUAUUUAUUACAAAAAUUAA